AUGUUUAAUUUCCCGAUUAUUGAUCUAAAUAAGCUCGAAAGCUCGAGUUCAGAAAGAGAAGAAUUACGAAGAGGCCUAACUGAUGUUGGCUUUUUCUAUGUCAAAAAUUGGGGACUUUCUGAGAGCGAACUACAAGAAAUCGAAGCACUAACUAGAGAAGUCUUUACUGCGUCAGAUGCUGAACAGAAAAAAUUAGAAGCUUACAUUCGGAACAUGGCACAUUCAUUCUACCUCUUUGAUAUGGACUCUGAAUUCAUUCAAAAGGUUGAUCCGAAUCUGAAGCUCGAUAUCAAAAGAAUAGAUGAGAAAUUUUGGAAAAUGUUUUUGGCGAUGAAGAAUACCGGACUAGACCUUCUGACCUGGUUCGAGAAAAUUUUUAGUCUUCAGCAAGGUCGUCUUCGGGAACAAUUUGCUACCGAUCCUGUUUGCUGUCUUCAUGGAAAUUAUUACGACAAGACUCCAAAAGGAGAGUGGGGAAUCGAGUCACACUUGGACAAGGGUCUUAUUACCUUGCUCUACCAAGAUCAGACGGGAGGACUUGAGGCGGAAUAUGAAGGAAAAUGGUAUCCGAUCCCGCCAAUUGAGGGGUCAUUGAUUAUCAAUCUCGGUCGAAUGCUUGAGUACUUUACUUAUGGCGUGGCAAAGGGCGCUUGGCAUCGAGUUCGAGCACACAAGACCGAUAGAAUUUCCUGGCCAUUCUUUCUGAACCCAUCUUUUGAUGCACAAUUUGCUCGACUUGAUGAGUUCAAAUCGAACGAAGCAGCAUUUACCGAUCUUGAGAAAAAACGUCGCAUUAAUGUUAGCGGAACUUAUGAGCCAGGCACAACCUUUGGCUCAGGAACUUACCGAGACUGGCAUAAUAAAUACGUUGUCAAUGCCGAUGAACAUCGACGGAAUAGAGGCCAUCUGAAGAUCUGGGAAAUGGAAGAGCCUGCAAAGGCUGAAGUAGAUGGUCCAAGUUUCAAAUCUCUUCAAGCUUUACCGAAUCAGUGGAAGCAGCCUAAUUCUCGUGUUUACUUAAAUGGAAGCAGCUGGGGAGGAUAUUGA